AUCCCCCAAUCCCAACCCCUCCCUGCAGACCCGGCCCUGCUGCCCCCGCAGCUCCAGCGGAUCCUGGAGCGGCUCCGGCACCACGCGGAGCCAAUGCCCGGCUGGCAGAGCUUCGCAGUCCUGGAUGAGGAGCUGGGUCCGGGCUGGCGGGAUCAGCUCCAGGAAUUCCAGGAAUUCCCUGUGGCCGCUGCCUCCCUGGGCCAGGUGCACCGGGCACGGCUCAGGAGCGGCGCUGACGUCGCCAUCAAAAUCCAGUACCCGGGCGUCGCCCUCAGCAUCGGCAGCGACAUCGAGAAUCUCCUGACGCUGCUGAGCCUCAGCCCUGGCCUGCCCAAAGGGCUGUUUCCCGCUCACUCCCUGCGGACUCUGCAGCGGGAGCUGGAGCUGGAAUGCGACUACGAGCGCGAGGCUGCCAGUGCCGCCCGCUUCCGGUCCCUGCUGGGCUCGGAUCCGUUUUUCCGGGUGCCGGCCGUGGUGGCCCCGCUGAGCUCGCGCCGAGUGCUCUGCACCGAGUGGGGAAGGGGAGAGGCCCUGGAGCGCGGGCAGAGCCUCCCCCAGGAACGGCGGGACCAGGUGGGGAAAAUUCCGGAACUGGGGAAUGGGGGAUUGAGGGCAUUGGGGGAAAUCGGGAAUUGGGAAUUGGGGAAUGAGGGUUUGGGGAUUUGGGGAUUGGGAAUUUGGGAAUUCAGGAUUGGGAAUGAGGGAAUUGGGAGUUUUGAGAGUUUUUUUGUGGCGGUGAUCCGGGCCGCGGCUGAGAGGGACGAGGAGAAAAUCCUGAGGAAAUCCCGGGAUCUGAAAUUCCUGACAGGAUUCGAGUCCCAGGCUCUGCAGUCCCUGCACGUCCAGGCCGUGCUGCUCCUGGGGGAGCCCUUUGGGGGUCCCCAGCCCUGGGAUUUCGGGGCUCUGGGGGGGCAGCGAACGGCUCAGGGGGUGCGGGGGCUGCUCCCCCAAAUCCUGCGGGACCGCCUGGGUCCCCCCCCCGAGCCCAGCUACGCCCUGCACCGCAAACUGGGGGGGGUCUUCCUGGCCUGCGCCCGCCUCGGGGGGCGCGUGCACUGCCGGGACAUCUUCCAGGAGGUCUACGAGAGCUACUGGGGCCCCCAAAACCCCCUGGGAGACCCCAAAAUACCGGGGGGAGCCCCCGGGGCGGGGUGGGGGGAGGGGGAGCCCCCCCGGUGAGGGUGGGUGGAGAACCCUCCCCAAUAAAGGGAGAUUUGACCCCAAAAUCGGGGCUGGGGUCUUUGAUUUUGGGGUUCCUGGGAUUUGGAAGGUUUUGGGAUUUUGGGGCUCGGGGUUGUUUGUGGGCGGGGUCAGCACGCGGGGGUCUGGCUCAUCUGCAUAUUCAUAUAGUCUCCGUACAAUGGCUGCGGGGCCGUGGUGGGCGGGGCUCGCGUUUAUAUUUGCAUAUUCAUACGGCCGCCAGCCAAUAGCGGCUGUGUUGGGCGGGGGGUUUUUGUUAAAUUUGCGUAUUCAUGAAGCAUCCGGCAGAA